GCUCAAUAUUAUUUUUUAUUAAACUUAUAAAACAUAAAAUUUGUUAACCUAGCUUUCUUCAAUCUUCCAAAUCACUUAGUUAAACCUUUUUAACUACUUAUUAAAGUUUAUUGACGUAAGCAAUAUUUGUUACUAUGUCACAGAAGUAUUUAGCAAUACUUACAUGGACAUAAAAUACGAAAAUUACUUUAAAAUACUAAAAUAACACUAUACUAUCAUAUGCCUUCAAUGUAUUGCAUGCCAAUCGCCAGACAUAUUGGAAUAGUUUGACAGAUCGUUGGAUUCCCUAAUUCAAAAUAUUUUUAUUAAGUUUUUGUUUCAAUAAUUUAAAAAUAUAUUCAUUUUUGUAAGGUUUGCGUAAGGUGAUAUAAAAUAAAAUGUGACUUAAAAAUAGAAGAAGAGUGAAGAGUGCAACCUGCAACCUCAAACCUCAAUGUCAAUAACAAACAACUUUAAACUUUUUAUUUUGAAUAUUUUCAAAUUGGUUUUAUUUUAAUUUUAAAGAGUGAAGAGUGAUUCAAAGCAAUCAAACUGGAUUAGAUUUUUGUGUCUUUAUUUUUUCAUUUCGCACACAUUUAACAUUUUUAGUCGACCAUUUAUUAAAAUAUCAACAAAAUACAUUUUAGGUAUGAAUACCACUAUUUUCCUUAGAAAAUUUUCUCUCUGCAGUUGCUUACAACGGAAAGUAACUACCAAUGCUCUUAAAUCUAAGACAAAAAACACCAGUUCACAACAGUGGCUCUCAAGACAACUAUCAGAUCCUUAUGUGGAAAAAGCUAAACUAAUGAAUUAUAGAUGUCGCAGCGCCUUUAAACUACUAGAAAUAAAUGAUAAGUAUGAUAUCUUAAAACCGGGGCAUGUGGUUCUUGACGUUGGUGCAGCUCCAGGUUCGUGGUCUCAAGUUUUAGUACACACAGUUAACUCAAAUGGAAGUAACAAGGAGUUACCAACUGGUGUAGUACUAGCCAUUGAUAAACAAAAUAUUUAUCCUAUAGAUGGUGUACAUAUUUUUGGUAAUAUGGAUUUUACAAGUACAGAAACACAGAAGAAAAUAUUAGAAUUUUUAAAUAAGAGGACAGUGGAUGCAGUUGUGUCAGAUAUGGCCCCUAGUGCUACUGGUAUACGAUAUAUGGACAAUGAAAAUAUGUUAAAAUUGUGUUAUAGUGUGUUAAGAUUUGCUCUAGAGAUAUCUGUUAAAAAUGCAUCAUUUUUAGUUAAAUUGUGGCAAUGUGGGGAAACAAAACAGCUAGAAAAUGAUAUUGCCCAAUUUUAUGAUAAAGUUAAAGUAGUCAAACCAAGUGCUAGUAGGUCAGAUUCAACAGAAAUAUAUUUGUUAGGUAGAGGCUUUAAAGGACUUAAAAGUUAAUAUUUGUAACAGUGAUUUUGCCUGUUUCCAUGUGACGGGGAUCCAAUCAAUAGCCAUUUACUCCACUCAAUUUUUUCUACUGCAUAUUUAUUUGACCAUAUACAGUAGACUCUCUCUAUAACGAACACGGGUAUUACCAGGUUUCGCUAAUAACGAGGUACACUAGAUCUCCCAUGAAAUUCCUAUUGAACUAAAACACCUCUAUAGCGAGGCAUAUUUGGUUAUAACGAGGAAAAAUUAAGGCCCGUAUUCAUAGUCGAGACUCAAGUCAGAAUCGAUGCUCAAGGUCGACCUUGAAAAAAUUUGUAUACAAAUUUGUAUAAGAAUUUGUUCAAGGUAUGACUUGAGCAUCGACGCUGACUUGAGUCUCGACUAUGAAUACGGGCAUAAAUCGAAUAAUAUGUUUCUUUAUCUGUUUUUGGCGUGGUGAUGGCUAUAAAUAAUUACCCCAACUGCCUGUAUACAGGAAUGUCCAACAUCUGUGUGCUUACCGAGACCAGUGCUGUAAUAAAUUCCACCGCCUGUAAUAAACUUCUUUCUUCCUAUUUAUCUAUCGACCAAUAUUGAAUAUUGUAGGAAAUUUACAAUUUUCGAUGGCCAAGUUUCAUUGUUGAAGUCGACCAUCGACACCUAAUAAACUAUGUAAGAGGCAUCAAAACAUUUCAGUAGUGGUGGUAUGCACAAUAUUAUUGUGGUCUGAUACAACGAGGUAAUUAGUACGCCAUUCCAGUUCUCGUUAUAGAGAGAGAGUCUACUGUACUAGAUUUUUGCCUUUGACAGAUUUUAGAAAAACUGAAUUUCAAUAAGCAUAAAAACUGAAUAGAAUUUCAUUGUGAUUCAAAAACGACUCCUUUGAAACAUUGAUAAAUUUUGAUAAUUUUUUUAAUAAAACGAACAAAAAAUAAGUCACCCAAAAUAAUUCACUUUAUUCAUAUAUUUUCAACAUUCAAAUAAGUGUCCCGAACAAAUAAAUGGCUUAUGGGUAAGCACUAUAUUAAAGGUCUAUAGACCAACUAAGCUCUAAAAUUGCGUAGACGGUACUGGAUCGUAAUAUUGACAUUUGGUCAUCAACAUCUCGAGCACGCUUGGAAGCGAAUGGGUGACAUAUUUUUGAAAUGUACUUUUAAUUUUUAUUCAUGAAGGAGCGCUAAGAUUAAGGGGAUAGGCGCAAAAUUUCGUCUCCAAUGCUUUUUAGAUGUAUUCAUUUUUUUUCAAAGCAUGAAAAAAAUAAUAAAUAUUUUUGAAAAAUUUAAACGCAGAAUGAAAGACUUCAUUAUUACCGAGGGCCGAAAGUUCCUGAAAACUUCUAUGUUUAUUUUAAUAAGUUACAGGGGUGAAAAAAAUACAGGUUAGUGCGAUUUUUAAUUUCAAAUAUCUCAUUCAAAAGAAAUUUUUUAUUUAUUCUAAGGGACUUUCGACCCUCGGUAGUAGUCUUUCAUUCUGCGUUUAAAUUUUUCAAAAAUAUUUAUUUAGUUUUUCAGGAUUUGAAAAAAAUGAACACCAUUUUUGUGGUCAUAUUUUCCAAAUCGAAUAUUCGCUAUCUUUGUCAUAAAGUGCGUUGUCGAACAGAAUAUGGUGACAAUACAGUGACAAACAAGGCUACCAAAUAUUUGACACGACUUCAGGAAUAUUUUGAGUUGUUUAUUAAAUAAUAUUGAUAGCGUAUUUGAUAAAUAAUUGAUUUAAGAGGUGAAAUUAAUAAAAAGUUAUUGAUUGUUUAUUAUUAAUUAUGGAAGAUCCAAGCAGAGAAUACACCUGGAUAUAUUCUGUGAUCCAAGUAUUUUGUUGUUAAAGAUGUUCAAAAUUUAUCCAAGCGUUCCACAGUAACAAUAUAUUAUUAAUAAAAUCACAACAAUAAAAUUUUACUAAGCAACAA